GAUCAGAGUUCAGGGGCUGAGGGCUCAGACCUACCCUUCCCUGCCCCUGUCCACCAUGAGGAGAAACCAGCUGCCCAUACCAGUCUUUCUUUUACUGCUCCUGCUUCUUCCCAGAGAUGCCACCGCAGCUACUGGAAAACCACGAUAUGUGGUGCUGGUCCCCUCAGAGCUCUAUGCAGGAGUCCCUGAAAAGGUCUGUGUCCACCUCAACCACCUGAACGAGACUGUGACACUCAACGUAACUCUAGAGUAUGGAGUACAGUACUCAAACCUCCUCAUAGACCAGGCUGUGGAUAAGGACUCCUCCUACUGCAGCUCUUUCACGAUCUCAAGGCCGCUUUCACCCUCGGCUCUCAUUGCUGUGGAGAUAAAAGGACCAACGCACCACUUCAUAAAGAAGAAGUCAAUGUGGAUAACAAAAGCUGAGAGCCCAGUCUUUGUCCAGACAGACAAACCCAUAUACAAACCUGGACAGACAGUGAAAUUCCGAGUUGUCUCUGUGGACAUCAGUUUUCGCCCGGUUAAUGAAACGUUCCCCGUCGUUUAUAUUGAGAAUCCCAAGAGGAACAGAAUCUUUCAAUGGCAAAAUGUCGAUCUACCAGGAGGACUGCACCAGCUCUCUUUCCCACUGUCUGUUGAGCCAGCUCUAGGCAUCUACAAGGUUGUAGUGCAGAAGGACUCAGGGAAGAAAAUAGAACAUUCCUUUGAGGUGAAGGAAUAUGUUUUACCCAAAUUUGAGGUGCAAGUAAAAAUGCCCAAGACGAUGGCUUUCCUGGAAGAGGAACUUGUUGUAACUGCUUGUGGCUUAUACACAUACGGAAAGCCUGUUCCUGGUCUGGUGACAAUGAAAGUAUGCAGAAAAUAUACACAGUCCUACUCCAACUGCCAUGGCCAACACUCGAAAAGUAUCUGUGAAGAAUUCAGCAAACAGGCAGAUGAAAAAGGAUGUUUCAGACAAGUUGUAAAAACCAAAGUGUUCCAGCCCAGACAGAAAGGCUAUGACAUGAAGAUAGAGGUGGAAGCCAAGAUCAAAGAGGACGGAACAGGAAUAGAACUAACUGGUACUGGAUCAUGUGAAAUCGCAAAUACCUUAAGCAAACUGAAAUUUACUAAAGCGAAUACAUUUUACAGGCCUGGGCUGCCUUUCUUUGGACAGGUUCUUCUUGUUGAUGAGAAGGGUCAACCAAUCCCCAACAAAAAUCUAACUGUCCAAGUGAAUUCAGUUAGGUCCCAGUUCACUUUUACUACCGAUGAGCAUGGCUUGGCCAACAUUCUCAUCGACACCACCAACUUCACGUUUUCGUUUAUGGGAAUCAGGGUCAUCUACAAGCAGAACAACAUCUGCUUUGAUAACUGGUGGGUUGAUGAAUAUCACACACAGGCAGAUCAUUCUGCAGCUCGCAUCUUUUCCCCAAGCCGGAGUUAUAUUCAACUUGAACUUGUUCUUGGUACUUUGGCUUGUGGGCAAACUCAGGAGAUUCGGAUACACUUCCUCUUGAAUGAAGAUGCCCUGAAAGAUGCAAAAGACUUAACCUUUUACUACCUGAUCAAAGCAAGGGGAAGCAUCUUUAACUCAGGAAGCCACGUGUUACCGCUUGAACAAGGAAAAGUGAAAGGAGUAGUUUCCUUCCCAAUUCGAGUGGAGCCAGGCAUGGCUCCUGUGGCUAAGCUGAUUGUCUACACUAUUUUACCUAAUGAAGAACUUAUUGCUGAUGUUCAGAAAUUCGACAUUGAAAAGUGUUUUGCCAAUACGGUGAAUUUGAGUUUCCCAUCAGCACAGAGCCUGCCAGCCUCUGACACCCACCUGACGGUCAAAGCCACACCUCUGUCCCUGUGUGCCCUCACUGCGGUCGACCAGAGUGUGCUGCUACUGAAGCCCGAAGCCAAGCUCUCUCCUCAAUCAAUCUAUAAUUUGCUGCCACAAAAGGCUGAGCAGGGGGCUUACUUAGGACCCCUACCGUACAAAGGCGGUGAGAACUGCAUCAAAGCAGAAGACAUCACUCACAACGGCAUCGUGUACACACCAAAGCAGGAUCUGAACGACAAUGACGCAUACAGCGUUUUCCAGUCCAUAGGAUUAAAAAUUUUUACCAACACCAGAGUCCACAAACCACGCUAUUGUCCAAUGUAUCAAGCCUAUCCGCCUUUGCCCUACGUAGGAGAGCCUCAAGCCUUAGCUAUGUCUGCAAUCCCAGGAGCCGGCUACAGAUCAAGCAACAUUAGGACCAGCUCAAUGAUGAUGAUGGGCGCAUCAGAAGUAGCUCAGGAGGUAGAAGUAAGAGAGACAGUGCGGAAGUACUUCCCGGAAACCUGGAUCUGGGACAUGGUGCCGCUGGACUUAUCCGGUGACGGUGAGUUGCCGGUAAAGGUCCCUGACACCAUCACUGAGUGGAAGGCCAGUGCAUUCUGCUUGUCUGGAACUACUGGCCUUGGUCUCUCCUCCACCAUCUCCCAUAAAGUCUUCCAGCCCUUCUUCCUGGAGCUCACUCUCCCCUACUCUGUGGUUCGAGGCGAAGCAUUUAUCCUCAAAGCUACCGUACUCAACUACAUGCCUCACUGCAUUCGGAUCCAUGUGAGCCUAGAGAUGUCUCCUGAUUUCCUGGCAGUCCCUGUGGGGAGCCAUGAAGAUUCUCAUUGCAUCUGUGGAAAUGAAAGAAAAACCGUGUCCUGGGCUGUGACCCCAAAGUCGCUGGGGGAGGUGAACUUCACAGCUACUGCAGAAGCUUUGCAGUCUCCAGAACUGUGUGGCAAUAAGGUGGCAGAAGUGCCAGCCCUUGUACAGAAGGACACUGUAGUGAAGCCCGUAAUAGUCGAGCCUGAAGGAAUUGAGAAGGAACAAACGUACAACACACUGUUAUGCCCACAAGAUGCUGAGUUACAGGAAAAUUGGACACUGGAUCUUCCAGCCAAUGUGGUUGAAGGAUCUGCCAGGGCUACACAGUCCGUUUUGGGCGAUAUACUAGGCUCUGCGAUGCAAAACCUCCAGAAUCUUCUCCAGAUGCCCUAUGGCUGUGGGGAACAAAACAUGGUCCUCUUCGUCCCUAACAUCUACGUUCUGGAGUAUCUCAAUGAGACACAGCAGCUGACAGAGGCGAUCAAGUCCAAGGCCAUUAGCUACCUCAUCAGCGGGUACCAGAGGCAGCUGAACUAUCAGCACAGUGACGGUUCAUACAGCACAUUCGGGGACCGCGGUAUGAGGCACAGUCAGGGAAACACUUGGCUCACUGCAUUUGUGCUCAAGGCCUUCGCUCAAGCUCAGUCAUACAUCUAUAUAGAAAAGACACACAUCACAAAUGCUUUCAAUUGGCUCUCGAUGAAACAAAGGGAGAACGGUUGUUUCCAACAGUCUGGAUCCCUGCUCAACAAUGCGAUGAAGGGUGGUGUGGAUGAUGAAGUGACACUCUCUGCCUAUAUCACCAUUGCUCUGCUGGAGAUGCCCCUGCCUGUCACUCACAGUGUUGUUCGUAAUGCUCUAUUCUGCCUGGAAACGGCCUGGGCCUCCAUCUCAAACAGCCAAGAAAGUCAUGUCUACACAAAAGCACUGCUGGCCUAUGCCUUUGCCCUGGCAGGAAACAGAGCCAAGCGAAGCGAGGUGCUUGAAUCCCUAAACAAAGACGCUGUGAAUGAGGAGGAAUCAGUGCACUGGCAACGUCCUAAGAAUGUCGAGGAAAAUGUCCGGGAAAUGAGGUCCUUCUCUUAUAAACCGCGGGCCCCUUCUGCUGAAGUGGAGAUGACAGCUUACGUGCUUCUCGCCUACCUCACCUCUGCAUCUUCCCGGCCUACGCGAGACCUUUCUUCAUCGGACCUGACUACAGCAUCCAAGAUUGUGAAGUGGAUCAGCAAACAACAAAACUCCCAUGGGGGGUUCUCCUCCACUCAGGAUACAGUGGUGGCUCUUCAAGCCCUCUCCAAAUAUGGAGCAGCCACUUUUACGAAAAGUAAUAAAGAAGUGUCGGUCACCAUCGAGUCUUCAGGGACCGUCUCUGGGACUCUCCAUGUUAACAAUGGCAAUCGCCUGCUGCUGCAGGAAGUCAGGCUGGCAGAUCUGCCCGGAAAUUACAUCACCAAAGUGUCAGGGUCAGGAUGUGUGUACCUCCAGACAUCUCUAAAGUACAACAUCCUUCCGGAGGCAGAAGGAGAAGCGCCCUUCACUCUGAAGGUCAACACUCUCCCCUUAAACUUUGAUAAGGCAGAACAUCACAGAAAGUUCCAGAUCCACAUCAACGUAAGCUACAUUGGAGAACGACCCAACUCCAACAUGGUCAUUGUUGAUGUGAAGAUGGUGUCAGGCUUCAUACCUGUGAAGCCAUCCGUGAAAAAGCUCCAAGACCAGUCUAACAUUCAGAGGACUGAAGUGAACACCAACCACGUUCUAAUCUACAUUGAAAAGCUAACCAAUCAAACCAUGGGUUUCUCCUUCGCGGUGGAACAAGACAUUCCAGUAAAGAACUUAAAACCAGCCCCAGUAAAAGUCUACGAUUAUUAUGAGACAGAUGAAUUCGCCAUUGAAGAAUACAGCGCCCCUUUCAGUUCUGACUCUGAACAAGGAAAUGCUUAAAAAUAGGAACCUAUAGAUUUCCUCAGAAAGACUCCUCCACACGUGAAGAACCAAGACAGCAAGAUAAAUGGAAAGGAAUUAAAAACCCAUAAAAUUUAUAUGUUGAAUAAAGUUACGACAUUUACAAAC